CUUGCAGUAUCUCCUAAAGUUCAAAAAUUCGAUUUGAUCAACCUCUUUAGGUUCAUAUCUUGACGCCAUGAGCCAGUCAAAACCCCCUAGUCCCCCUCUCAAUAUUCCUUCCGGCAACAGUCAGAUCACUCCCGAUCCUGAGCCUUUGAAACCGGAUGAGACUCUGAGUGGAGACAAGUUUCAUGACUUCAAGGCCGCAUUGCGCCGGAUAGAUCCCAGGCAAGAUCUAGAGAAUAUCGGUAAAAUACCUUGUGCUAGAAACAGUCUAUUGUACGGGAUAGCAGGUGGUGUCGGUGUUGGUGCUGUGCGAUUUCUCGGAUCACGGAAACCCUGGUUGGCAGCCAACUGGGCUGUUGGUAGCUUCAUUGCAAUUUCUAUCUUUCAAUGGGAGACUUGCAACAGAGCUAGACGGAAAGAGCUAGCACAAAUGCGCAUCAUUCAAGAGCGUUAUCCACAUCGGCAUGUGUCCAAACUUCAGAAGAACAAUCAAAACUCUGAAGCCGGGCAGGGGGAGCAACAAUCUUCAUGAGGCGCAAAAUGUCAUGCAUGAUCACGAUCACCACAUCUCAAUAAUUCCUCAGAUUGCUGCCCUUUCGUCAGCAAUAUCGAUUUGUACUGUGGAAGACAUUGCGCCUGGCUCGCUUCGCACAGGUCACAGUAAUGAAAUUUGUCGAUUCUUAGACACGUUGGCAUUGGCACUUUCCGCCCCAUCGUUUUGGUCACUCAAAAGAGCCCAAUCAAAUGUUGAAGAAAGCCAUGCAGACUGGAAUAUAAGCUACAAUAUUGCGGGACAAUGCCUCAUGCUGUGUCCUAAUGAUGCCACAUACUUGCAAUGCCAUUCGCUAUAUCGACAGGGCAUUAGUAAGACGCCUUGUCACAAGGUUCGCCUGCGCAUGACUACGGCAUAUUGAGCCAAUAGUGUUAUAACCAGCGCGAGGAGACCUGUCAAGGAAGUUCGUCAAGUGAGCACAUAAACAACACAGCGACACAAAUCAAAGCAGUUGAACGUGAAGUGCGUGAAUAUACCAACACUGGAGGGCAGUGAUAGCAACAAGAAAAAUACGACAAUAUACUCAAAAUAGGGAUGGGGCAUACAACUAUUUUAUGGAUUUCUGCAUCCAUCAUCAUCGCGUCAUCAUACAUAUUACGAAUGAUUAAUUGCCGGUCAAUGCCUGCUGCGUACCAAAAGUACUUACAUGGCCAUGUUUACUGCAACCUACUAAUAAGAAUGAAUAGCGAGAACGACUGACGCACACCGACAUUAUUAAUGUUUCAUUCAACAUCUACACGGCAUAGCCGUCAAAAGAUUCUACCGCAAUUUGCUCUAUAUCCUCCUCUCACUACACGUGUAACUCUUCAACUAGCUUUCAUGAUCAAGUCCAUGGCUACCCGUUGGCUUUUCUCAACCAACGCUAAGGAUAUUGGAACACUGUAUCUGAUCUUUGCUAUCUUUACUGGUCUUCUAGGUACAGCUUUCUCUGUUCUUAUCCGACUUGAACUGUCUGGAGCUGGUAACUAAUUUCUAAAUGGUGACCACCACCUAUACAAUGUAAUCGCUACAUCUCACGGUAUUUUCAUGAUUAAGAAAUCAGCAGAAUGGGUACGGUGUACGGAUUAUGUAUGGAGGAAGUAUAUGCUUCAAGUUCUACUACUUGCCUGUACUACUGUCAUUCUGUCAUUUA